ACUACUCUAAAGUAACGGUACUCUAACUCUUACUUAUUUACCAUUUUUGGCUGCUCUGUAUUUACCACACAUGUGAAUAUUCUGCAAGUCCAAUACAUCAUAAACGUGUUAGCUGCUGUGUUUUUCUCAUCCCUGAUUGAGAAGCAACCGAAGGAGGCGGGGGAGCAAGAAUCCCCCCUAAGGAUUGAGUAUUUCAGUACAUCUAUCAGUGACUCAGCAUAACCCAGAAGAGAAAACAAGCGUCUAAGAUGUUGCCGUUAAAUAAAUGACUUAAAUGAUGAGGAAAAUGCGUUGGAUGCUCAUCGUCUGGACGCUAUUGGCCCUCCUGGCUCUUUGCACUGGGCAACAAGAUGCAGGAAAAGGCCUCUCUCCAUCUGGCUACCAUCUUUGUUUGUACAAUCAGACCCUCACUGUGAGUUCCCUGGUCUUGCGGGAGAUUCCUUAUGUCACGACAAAGCCUUGCGGAGGCUGGUUGUCCUGGACGACAUGUCCAGUGAAACUUUACAGAAUAGUUCAGCUGACGGAGUACCGCGCAGUGACGGCGUCGGUGACCAGAUGUUGCCAUGGUUACAUGCAAGUGGGAAGCUACUGUGCCCUGCCUCUAAAGCGGACCGAGGAGUUCACAAGCAAACCUGGAUCUUGUCCGGCAGCCAAUGGCUCUCAUUCCAGUGGUGGCGACUGUGACUGGGACAUAGAUUGUCCAGGCUGGCAGAAAUGUUGCCAUUUUCUCUGCAGUGGCACUUCAAAUAUGACUAGUUACACCGAGAAUGGUGGAUGCCGUUUUAACGCAACAGUGACGGUGAAGACAGAUUACCAGCAACUGAACUCUGAGGAUGGAGCUCUUCUCAACCACACCAGAUUACUCCAAGCUAUGGUAACCGGAGCGCUGCAGUCCAAUGUUUCCGUCCAUUACCUCGCCUCCUGGCCGGUGCAGCCUUUCAGAACCGCUACCUCACUGCUGAUAGGCUGCACAUGUGACCUUUCCCUGCACAACGUCUCAACCGCGCUGCACGUCCUCCUCAUACACAUACAGGAGGUGUCAGCCGUGACCGUGCAAGAUGUGAAUGAGUGUGCACAUCCUGCUCUUCAUCGGUGUUCCCCUCAGGCACAAUGUAACAACACAGUGGGUUCCUACCAGUGCGUAUGUCACACAGGCUACGUCGAUGUUGACCCCAGCAACCCUGGAACUCUUUGCACAGCCCUUCCUGGCAUCAACAACUUACAGUCUUCCAACAUCACUGGAACCUCCUUUUUUGUGUAUUGGUCCAGCCUAACUCUGACACCUCAGACUUACUUGGUGGUUUUAAGUGAGGGGUCAGAGGUUAUUGAGUGGACAACUAAACAGACCAUGAUGGAAAUAAAGGACCUGCAGCCUGGGAUCAACUACAACGUCACUGUUCAGAUCCACUCCAACCAAAGCCAAGGAGACGUCCUCAAUAUGGCACUCAGAACUGAUGCUCACACUCUUGAGGCCACAACUCGACUUACCAACAUCCAGUUCACUGAAGACCUGCGAAACGCCAGCAGCCAGGCCUACAAAAACCUUACUGCAGGCAUCAUGGAAGAGAUUUACCGCUCGCUGACCCCUGAGAUGAAGGCCAUGGUGAAUUCAGGUCAAGUGAGAAUCGAGAUCCGCAACUUUUCUCCAGGCAGCGUGGUAGUCAACAUUACUCUGAUCUUCAGCCCUAGUCCAAAGCAGGACAUCACAAAUACAUCAACAGAUCUGCUUUACGCCCUGAUCAACAGCUCCAUUUAUAUCGUGGAUGAAAACGACACAAAUAUUAUUGAUUUUGAUGAAUGUGUUCCUGGGGAAAAUGACUGUUCACAAUGGGCUAUGUGUAAAAACACCUGGGGCUCCUACUCCUGCUCCUGUCUGGAUGGAUUUAUGGACACAAACCCACAAAGAUCUGGGAGAGCCUGUCAAGAUUCCUUGGAGACAUUACCAACUUCCACAUUCGUAUCAAUAGUUAGCAUGUCAUCUCAAACAACAACCUCAACUCCUCCAGCUCCAACCAUUGACACAAUUGUAGAGGCAAGCACAGCAAUCACCGCUUCUGUCAUUAUCCCACCAACAACCUCUUCUGCAUUGCCAGCCAUGAACAAUGCACAAGCUAGUACCACUAACAUACCAACAACAGCCAUCAUAGCCCCAGCAACUACCAACGUACCAACCACUACUUCUAUUGGAUCAACAACCACCCUUACCGAACCAACAACUACCUCUAUUGAACCAACAACCACUUACUUUGUAGCAAUGAUCACAGCUGUAACUUAUGUAGCAACAACAAUCUCCAAUGCAACUGCAUUUACAUCGGCUGUAUUAACAACCACAUCUAUUGCGCCAAGGACCACUACUUCUGCACCACCACCACCAUUGCCUGUUGCAAUGACUAGCUCCACUGCACCAACAACCACUUCUCAUUCACUAGCAACUACCUUUGUUUCUUCAACAACUACCAGUGUACCCUUAACUACUACUGCACCAGCAACCACAACCAUUGAACCAAAUACCACCAGUGUACUGCCAACAAUCACUACUGCAUCAACAACAACCAUUGAACCAACUACCAUACAGGUACCAGCAACAACCACUACUGCACCAUCAACCACAACCAUUAAACUAACUAGAACCGGGAUGUCAACAACAUCUACAACUGUACCGACAACAUCAACCAUGGAACCUACUACCACCAGUGUACCAACGACAACCACUACUGCACAAACAACAACAACCAUUGAACCACCUACCACCAGUGUACCAAUGACAACCACAACUGCACCAACAGCAACAACCAUUGAACCACCUACCCCCAGUGUACCAAUGACAACCACAACUGCACCAACAGCAACAACCAUUGAACCACCUACCACCAGUGUACCAAUGACAACCACAACUGCACCAACAACAACAAGCAUUGAACCACCUACCACCAGUGUACCAAUGACAACCACAACUGCACCCACAACAACAACCAUUGAACCACCUACCACCAGUGUACCAAUGACAACCACAACUGCACCAACAACAACAACCAUUGAACCAACUACCAAUGGUGUAGCAACAACAACAUUACAUUCCUAUAUAAUGAAUUCAGCCCUAGGUGAUAUUUCAGUGGACUGCAAAGUUACUGGCAUCAUGGUGACAGUUGCUAAAGAGUUUCUAGUGAACAACAACAUCAGGGAGAGCACUCUGUACCUGGGCCAGCAGGAAUGCGGGAUCACUGGCGGCAAUGUCAGUCAUGCUCAGCUGACUGUGGAGUGGAAUGACACAAUGUGUCUGAAAAGUUUUGCCAAAAACGAUACCAACUACGUGGCCUCUGUAACCCUGUUCAACACCGUGGAGACAAACAGUACACCCAACGGAACAUUAGAAGCACCUUUAUUGCACCUGGAGGUUCCAGUUAUAUGCACGUACAUGAGGAACAUGCUCAUGUCCACUGACUUUGGCUCCAUGGGGUAUAACUUGAUGAAAGACGUGAUCACAGGCUUAGGCUUUUUCCAGGUGUCGGUGCAGCUGAUGAACGGCACAGUAUCUUUACCGUACAACUACAGUUUAUCACCUGAAGAGGCUGUGGUAGUUAAGGUCAGCAUGAACACGUCAGCAGACGAGCUCAAAGUAGUCAUCUCCUCGUGCUGGGCCACGCCCACUCCAAAUCCAGCUGACAACAAACGCUUCUACUUCCUGGACAACAGGUGUGCCCUCAACACAUACACCAAUGUGCUGAUGAACGGAAACUCCAGCACGUCUCGCGUGUCUGUGAAGAUAUUCUCCUUUGUCAACGUCAAUCUGAUAUAUCUGCACUGCCAUGUUCAAAUUUGCAUACAUAUUGGAUCUGAUACUUGUGUUCCUGACUGUGUGCAAAGAACAGCUUGGUCUUCAAACACCAUUGGGCGAGGGUUUGGUUCUACCGGCCCGUUGCUGAAGUCUGAGGAGGAGCCCCUGGAGGAUGUGAAUGACCAAAUCCAGCUCAUCACACUAUCCUGCCUUGGAGUUGCUGUGACGCUCUUCCUCAUCGUUGGUUUCGCCUGCCUGUUCAACUACCACAGGAACCGUGUCGGACAUUACAACUUUGCAGUCAAACCGAAACCACAAAACUUCACAUUUAUUGACAUCAAAGCUUAAACCUCCAUAGUCAUUUUUUCUUUUCACUUCAACACCUUUGCUUCAUGGAGGAUUUUGCGUUUGAUUGGCUACAUUCACAUGAAACAGUGACACAGUAGAGUUAAAACUUAUAGAAAAAAUCACGUUUUAUGAAUAUUUAAUGGGUAAAUGCUUUACUCAUAAUAAUUUUUAUCAGAACAAAUACACACACAACUUGGGAUGGUAAAUUAGCUAAUUAACAUCGGAUAUGCGAUAUACAUGUUACUGAUUAAAAUAACAGAUAUUACAUAGCAAUUUCAACACAUCCAAAUUUGGUAAUGAAAACUACAACUAAGGUGCAUAUUACAUUUAAACAGCUGGUGUGCAAUGAAUAUAAAUACUUACAGGAUAAACACUUUGUAUAGGACUCGACAAAAGACAAGACUGGCACAUUCAACUUAAUGGCAAAGACUACUUCCUGAUUAUUGCAACACACCUAAAAAAAACUAAAAUGAAUGCAUCCUUGCAAAUAACUCACACGUGUGAGAAACCAAAGUAUGACAACUGAACAGCACAGUUAUCACUAUCAGCUAUUUUGUGUGUGUUAUGUGUUUAAUAACACAUUUAGAUUUAAUAAUUAAACAAUUUAAAAUUAAUUACCACAUUAUUUGACACAAAAGUACCUAAAAUUGGUGCCACUGAGCAUCAAUUCUAGUUGAAAAGGUACCCAUCCCAAUGCACAACUACAGGGACAAACACACAGCAAUGUCCAAAUGCAGAAAUGUUAUCUAAAGUCAAUAAAACAAAUACAAUGAUAAAAAUGUUGAAAUUUAGCGCAUGAAUGCUUCAGGAUCCAAAAUAAAUGCUAAAGAAAAAAUGCUACAAAAGGGCAAUUCCACGGAAUCGGUGCCAUUUACAUCCCCAGGAAAUAAAAUGUAUAAAUGCAGGAUAAGAAUAAGUGAUUAAUAUUUGAUGCCAUAUUUCAUAAAUUAAUAAACAGUGGAAAAAUAACAUUUUUUGUCCCUCCCUGCUUCCUAAAAUUUGACUUUAUCGAAAGAUAUAAUCAUUUAAAUCCUUCAUAUUUGUCAUAUAAUUCACAGACUCUCACAGGAGCGGUAGAUCUCAGCACAGUCCUAUUAUAUGAGAUAUUUUUUUAAUGUAAUUUGUUUAUUUUUUAUAAUUGAAACAACUUUUCAAUCACUGUAAUAAUGUACCUACAGGUUGUUAGCAUAAAUGUCAUGUGGUUAUAGUUCAUGUAUUUGAUCAUU